AUCGCGACCGUGGCCGCCGCAGCGUCCGAGCGGCAAUUGGACGAAUCACAGGUGACAAACAAACAAAAAAUAUGGCAGAUAUCAGAGAUUUCAAUAAAGAUGAUCGUUUAUACGCGGUGUUUUGAAUUGAUUUGACUCUAACCGAGAAGUGAGAUGUCUUCGAGUAGCAGAAAAUCACCACGAGUGGAAGACUUAAUUUCUACGGAAGAUGACACCUUGGGAUCCUCUAUAAGUCUCAGUGUUGGGGAGAACUCAAUACAUAUUAAGGAGAAAAUCAAACCUAUUAAAGAAAUUGAGCAGUUAUCAGCUGAUAAAAAAGAUGCGCAGGAGAAAUGGUGGUUGAAAAGACCUGAAACACGUUUAGAAGUUUUAAGUGCCAAGAAUACAGAAAUUAAGAUGAAGCAGUCGCCUACUCCUUCGUCAGAUGUCAGCUCUUCUAUGAAAGAAUUUCUUGAGAAGGAAAAAAUGUGCAAAGCUAUGCCCAGGAGUGAGGGUGAAGUUAAAGAUAAAGAUGACACUCUGUGCGAUAUACUUGCAUCUGCAGCUUUUGAUAAAUACCCAUCAGAUUUUGAAAAUGCUACUGAUGAAGAUAUCGGCAGCAUAUUAGAAGAAAUGAGCAAGAUUGCUGGUGCAUUGAGUCCUAAUUCAGGUCCUGAACGUACCAAAUCGGGUGGCUCGAGCAAAGUUCCCACUGAAGAAGAGAAGUCUGUAGAGGAAUUGUUGGAGGAAGCUGAGAAGUUAGUGAGGAAAAAUAGCACCACUUUGUCAAAAAGCGCGUCCAAAUCUGACACUCUAGUACCGGAAAAUGGCCAAGACGAGAGCUUGAGUCGAGUGAGACAGUUAGAAGCUGACAUUUUCCAGUUGAUAGAGGAGGAAGUGCACAAAGAAUCGGAAAAGAUAAGGAAGAGCCCGAAAAACGAGAAGAAACGAGAGAACAGCCCGGGGUUUGAAAUUGUUUAUGAAAAUUUGAGCAGUCUGAGACCACCGAAGACAUUGGAACUUCAAAGGAGAAAAUUCGAGGAACAGAAAGUUGAAAUAUCGAGUAGUUCUGAUUUGGAUGAUCCGAUCGAGAAGCACUCCAAAUCCGAGGAACUAAAGAGUACAAAGAAGAUAGAAAUAGAGAAGGAAAAUUUGCAGAAAGAGAUUACGGACGUGGACAAGGAUUUCUUCGAGGGUUUGCUGAAGAAAUCCAAGGAGAAGGCGGAAGGUGGAAUGUCCGGUAGUUCCAGUUUCGGGCAAGAAGACUUCUCGCAUUUUUUGAAACUGCUGCAAGGACAAACGGAUAAAAAGGAGCCAGAAUCAAAAGAGCCUAAUAUGAUAUAUGAUCUUCUACUGAAAUCCACUAACGGCGAAGUGGUCAAAACUGCCGGAGGCCAAUUAGUGAAUGGAAAAACCCCCGAGUUUCCGGAAAAGGAAUUUUCUGAGAUAUUGGAAAAGGAAUUACCGGCGACUAAUAACACACAUAUAGAACACGAAAUCAAUGAGAGUGAUUGCAGUGUGAGCGAAGAACCACUUAAGCGAGCACCGAAUUCUCCAUCAGUUGGAGUAACGUUCUCGAAAAGUGCUAAUAACGAGUCCUCGAAAAAGUCCGCAACAAAAGGCGCGGAGAAUAAUAAGAACGCGCCAGAGAGCAAUAAAAAAAUUAAUUCCGAUAUGGAAUUGUACACGGUAGGUUUGACACCGAGAUUAGAAUUGUUCGCCGACGCGAUACCCAAACUCAUGGCGGAGAAAUUAAACGAGAAUGUUACGAAGGAGAACGCAGAUAAAGCUGACUCAACACAUAAGGAAACUCCAUCUCCAGAAGAGAAGAUCGAAGAGAAGGUGGAAAAUACAUUCCAGCCACCGAAGCCUUCCAAGGCAAGCUACCAAGAAACGUCGAGUCACAGUGCCUCGAGAAGAACUAUAGACGUAUCUAAAACUGAACGCAUUGGCAGUGCACCGAAUAAUAGGCAAACGAAGAAGGAGAUAAGAUUCUGCAAGUCUAAGAGCUACGAUCAGAUCUGUCAACCUCCUCUGAGAACUUCUCUGGAGAAUAUCAGAGUCAAUAAGGCGUCGGACGUGUCCAGGAAGCCUGCGAACUCGGCUCCUAGAAAAUCACCAAUGAUAAAGCCAAAAAUAUCGAUCCGGCCAACUCCAAAAACAAGUGUCGACCAAGCCCAGAAAACGAAACCUAAACCUAACGUGUUCUCGAAGCCAAAAAUAGACUCGAUCAAACUUGGUUCCACGUCCAGCUUGCCGGCCACGUGCAAAACGUCCCAGGUAAAAUCGCCCGAUAGCUACAGGAGGAAUUUAAUGGCUGCUGGUGACACGAAUUUAGUGACAUUCGACUGGAAGAUGCUGUGUCGCGAGGAGAAGCAUAAAAAUGUGCUCUUGAAGCAACAGUUGGAGGCCGAGGCGAAGCUCUAUAAAAGUCAAAUCAUGGAGAUGCGCACGUCUUUUGAGGGAGAACUCUUCGCCCUGAAGAAGCAGAAUAUAAUUUUGAAAGCGAGAGUUGACGAAUUAUCCUUGAACGAGAGGCGCCCGGAAAUUCACGUGAAAAAUGACAUGAAAAUAACGCUACUGGAACAGGAACUGGAGAAGCAGGAAAGUUUGAUCCGCGCUUACGAGACCGAAAACAAGAAGAUGAUGCAGGACACGAAACGUCUGCAAGAAGAAUUGAAGAGUUUGCAGUCCAAGCAGAAGAGCACAGUCUCGGAGGCGAACGACACGCAGCAGCUAGCCGAUCGGGUGAAGGACCUUCAGGAAGAAGCCUUGAAGCUGAAUCUCGAGGUAUCCGAGUUGAGGCAGAAGAACGCCGAUUGCCUGCUGAAGAACGACGACCUGACACAACAGAACAGUCUGCUCACGGACGAACUGGAGAUGUUCAAAGAGCAGCUGAGAGCGAAGAACAACUUCAUCACGGAUCGGCUUCAUGCGAUGACCUCCGCUGAGUUGGACCUGAAGAGACAGAUAGAGGAUCUGAGUAUCAAAUUGAGCUCCAAGUCGGAGCAGUUGCGCGUGACGAAGCAGGAGCUGGACAAGAUGCAGCAGAACGUGUUGCCGUUGGAGAAGGAACUGCUGGAGUUUAGAGUGAAGGAGGGCAAUCUCCAGGAAAAACUGCAGAUAAGCAAGAGUCAUAUCGAGCGCGAGAAGCAGCUCAGCCAGAAACUCAAGGAUCAGGUGAUCCUGGACAACAAGAAAGUGAUGGAUCUGAACAGGCAGGUGCGCGAGAUGGAGCGUAUACUCAAGAGGAAGAAUCCCGACUCGGUGUCAGCACUUAUAUUGACUGCCAAUUCGGGCCAGGAGAAGAUCGGCACGGAGAAAGUGAAGCUGUUGGAGGAGAGGAUAGUGAGUCUCGAGAGCGAAAUUAAGACCAAAGAUAACCUCGCGCAGCAGAAUCUGAUCGAUCUGCAGCGAAAAUUCUCUGAUAUGAGGGAUAAGUACGCAACGCAGGUGAUGGAACUGGAAGCGAAGCUAUCGGAGGCUACAGCGAGGGAGCACAAGUUGUACAACGACAUGUUCACGCAGACCACUAUGAGAUACGUCGAAAACAAAAGCGUGGAAACUAACCGAAAAGACGACAGAACUUUGGCCAUGGACAAGGAGGAUAAAAAGGAUCAAAAAGCCGGGUCGAAGGCUGGACCGAAGUCUCAGAAUUCGAAAGAAGAUGCGCAUCUCAUCGCCACGAUCAGAGGCCUGCAGCUAGAGAUCACGAACAAGGACAGAGCAGUGUUGAAGUUAACCAAGGAGAGUCAAGAGCUCCAGAAAACGAACAGGAGACUGCAGAAGGAACGGGAGAAACUGCUGAAUGAUCGUAAGAGCUUCAGGAGCAUGGACUUUGACAAAGUAUUCCAGAAAACGAAAAAUGGCGACGGGAAUGAUCAGAACUCGAACGUCUACCAGAACGGGCACGUCACCGACUCGCAGAGGCUGUCGUCAUCGACCACCAAGCUGUACGAUCCGAUGCAGUACACGGAGACCAGCAAGAACGGUGUUAUUAAGAAACUGACCAACGAGAAUGACAUCUUGAAGGAAGAGCUGAACAAGAUUAACAAAGAUUUUAUGGCACUCAAGAGCAAGAGGCUGCACGAUCUGAAUAUUCUGCAGGAGGAGCACGAGCGAGAGAUGGCCACUCUCGUGAAAGAAUAUAGCAUCAAAUUCGGGGACUCUAAGGUGGUAAAGUUACAGGGUCAGAUUAAUUCCCAGGGAGCAGUCAUAUCACAUCUGAAGGAGCAGGUGGAGAAAUUUAGAGACUACAAAGAACAAGUAGUUGUACUUAAGGCUGAGAGAGAGCACUUGGAGAACAAAGUGAAGACAUUGACCGAGAAAGUCAAGUACUUAUCGACGCCGGGGACUGAGCAGUUGCAGUUACUGCAGGACAAAAUCACGAUCCUUCAGCAACGGCACGAGAGCAGGGAGAUGACUCUGCAAACGCUAGUGCGCGAUUUACUGAGAAAUCGAACGCAGUGCGGGGACUGCAGAAACGAGAAAGGCAAGAACCGACAGCUCUGUUACUUCCGGCAGGAGCUGGAUCACAUCCUGGGGAUGCUUCAGGAGAUCGCUAACGUCCACUGAUGUCAUUGAAUCGAGAAUUGCUCUACGUAGUGAGGAUCGAUCUCGAUGGAAUUUCGGACAUUGCGGGCAUCACGACGACGCGCUCCUUGCGUUGAAUUGCCGUACAAAUGGGACAGUAGCGCACGUGGAUGCCUCAAGUGAAGUUGCGUCGUUUUCGAUUGUCACUUUGAAACGCCGUCGUUCCUGGUAAUAAAGCGAUCGCGCAACGCGAUUUAUGUAGUUCUCGUUUCGUCAUCGAAUAUUGUGAUAACUUUUACAGCAGUACGUAAGAUUCGCAAUUUAAUAUUAGGUAACUCGAUAGAGAAAGAGAGAGAAGGAGGGAGGGAUUAAGUACCUUAGGUAUCGAGCUGUAGUUUCGUAAACACGUUUGUUCCGACAAAACGGUCGAAACUUCCGUCGGCUGCUCCAGGAAAGUGAGGAUCGUUAUUAUUACGACGCGCAUUCUUCUCGUAGUCUUUCUUGCGUCCGUGACAUCGUUCGUGCUGCGAGUUCGUGUCUAUCAGCGUUAAGUCUGCGAAUCGACUUACCGGUAGACUCGGAUCACUGCCAAAGAGGACGCUACCGCGAAUUAACGGUAGCGCGCAUAUACAUAUAUACCAUAACGAAUGCAGAUAAUUGAAUUGCAAAUUUUUCCGGUCUCUCUCUUCGUCGCUAAUUUUCUUGCCAAGCGCGCAAUGUCUUGCAACACUGCCCGCUAAUUUAGCAUAAUCGUUAUCGUCCCACGCAAGUGAAGGAAUUACUUUUUAACGAGUUUUAACGAGUUUUACAAGUUUUACCUCUCUACGAUGGAUAAGUAUUUUUUUAUCUAUUUAUUUAUUUAUUGACUACUAAAAAGGAACGUGUACAUGUUUUCUUCUUUAAUCUUUACCCAUCGAUGUUUCGUUCUGGCGAUGAAUUGUAGGGCAUGCCAAUAAGAAGAAAGAGAAAAUAGACGUAAAUAGAAAGUUCUCUUCGCAAAAGAGUUUCUUCCAAAGGUAAACGAUAUCUAGUUUUUUACGGAUGAUUUUUCCAAACUUCGCUGUACAUAGGCAUUAAGAUGAUAAUUCGCUGUAUUUAUUUCGGAUAAUACUCAGCGUUUGUUCGCGAUCAACGAAGUCAAGGAGGCGCGCUCGGUUAUAUCGGGCGUAAUCUCUCGUAAGCUCCCUAGUUUACUACUACUGUUGUCAAGCCUAGCGGUUGGUUUAACGAUCUCAUCUCGAAUGUAGCCAUGUCUGUAAGCGCUCAUGAUAAACGCAAGCACGUCGCACAAAUCGACGUGGCCGAGAUUCAGGGACGAACAAUCGACAGAACGGAAGACGCGUGUGCAUCUUGAGCGCGUUGAGAAGAAGAGUUGUCGGCGUUUCCACACGGGGCAAUUACUCGUCUUCCCGAGACUCGGCCACGUCGAGACACACACAAUCACAUCCUUUUUCUAUAUAGAUAUAAGCUGAACACAUAAUGUACAAAAUUAUAACUUUAAUAAAGUUAAUCUUUUCGUCGA